AGAGUUUGGUGAAACAUCUUAUUUUCGUCUAAAUGGUGAGCAUUGAAAUUUUCUCUAUGGUUUGAAGUCAAUUGAGGUUAUAUGUUUUGGAGACCAACUUUUAUUAUUAAAAUAAAUAAAUAAAAUUAAGAUAUGUCUACUAGAUGGUACCCAAUUUAUCAAAGGGGAGGUCCCCAAUUGAGAAUUUUUCUUCCAAAUUUUUGGAUGAAGCUGGUAAAACCAACCCAUCAGCAACCCCCCAAUGUUGUUCAGUUCGCUUGUUCGAUGGAAAUGUCCUCUACUGAUAUAAAAAAUUAUCUAGAAAAGAUAUACCAAAUUAAGACAGUUCACAUUAGUACACGAAUCGCUUCAGGUAAAACGAGGAGAGACCCAGGGAAAGGAUACAUAGUAAAGGAUGAUGAUACAAAAUACGCUUAUGUUACAUUGCACAAGUCGGAAAAGUUCGAAUUUCCAGUACUGUACCCAGAAAAAGAGAAAGAUGUGAAUGAACAAAAGACUAUGGAAGAAAUGCAAGCAGGAUAUAAGGAAUACCUCGAGAAAAAUAAGGAAAGGAAAAAUAUGCCUGGAUGGUUCACUAUUUAAUGUUCCUUGUAGUUAUUUUUAGAAAGAAGCCGAUUAAAAUUUAUUGUUUAAA